AUGAGUGGCUUCAACGAAACUUCACCUCCACCAUCGUAUACUUUGGAGCCAAGUGAUGGAGAGAUAAUCAUUGAUGACAAUUUACUUAUUGGAAACGCAAAUGCUAGUUCAGAAAAUGAGAAGAAAGAAAGUAUUCCAUCUGAAAUUCUGAUGCCUGAGAACUUGAACUCUGUUUAUAACCAACCUGAUCGUUACUUCUGGACUCCGGCUUCAACUCCCUAUGCUACUGCUUUCAACACUCCUAACCCCGGUCUUCCAGAGAAAAUACCGAUAGGAAGCUUCCCAAGUGAUAUGCAGGGUCAAUAUUUCAACUUUCAGCCAAAUCUAAUGAACCCCCAAGGAUACAUGAUGAACGGUUAUGGAGUACCCCUACAACCAGUAGCUGGCUCAGCGAUCUCGCAACAACCUAUCAAUGUUGUUGUUAAUGCUAGUUCAAGUGUCAAUGGAGGAGAAAGCGCUAGGUACUGUCCCAAAUGUCGAGUUGGGGUAAUAGUGAGAAAACAAAGCCGUAUGCGCCAGAUCGCUAUUGUGAUGAUGAGUGCCAUAACAUGCUGUUUAUGCUGUACCUGUUGCUAUCUUCUCAAGAACAAUUACGUGGAUAAGUGUUCCUACUGUGGUAAGAACUAUGGACACAGAGGAGCACGCUAUGAGAAAAUCAAACGUUCCACAAACUGUCUUUGUUGCUGCUAA